UACAUAAUUUUUCCGAAAUAAGGUCCCAUGGAGGUCCACCGGAAGGGGAGAGACUUCGCUACAAUAUUACCUUACACAUAUUAUCACCGCUUUGGAACAUUUUGUUGAAAUGGAUAUUUUAGGAGAAGAUGAAUUGAACGAGCUGAAAUACAAACGGUCUGGGCGCUUGGAUAUGAGCCACGGCUUCCUGCACCAUAUCCGGAGGAACCAGAUUGCUAGAGAUGACUAUGAUAAAUCGGUGAAGCAAGCCAAAGAGGUGCUGGAGGCAAAAGAGCUCCAGCAGCGGAGGAAGACCACGACCCCUAGACGACCCCGUCGACCUGAUAUCCAGGUGUACGAUCCUCGACGCAGACAUGAUUCAGAUCCAGGGGCCGGUGCUGAGGCAGAGGAGUCCAAUGAGAGCGGGUCCAGCACAGAAACAGAGACCCAUGGUACUGAACUCUUUUGGCUCGACUACCAGGCGGACUCUGGUACCAUUACCUCCUUCCUUGUGCACAAGGAGGACAAGCCUGAGAGGCUGGUGCAGCGUGUAGCAAAGAAAAACAUCCUGGAUACAGCCAUGAGGGCAGCUCUGGAGGCUCGACUUCGAAAGGAAAUUGAAAAAAGACAAGGAAAACGCUGACUGAACAGAAGAUUGUGAUGACAUAGCGGGUCUUCAGGCAAAGACGAGCAAUACUUCAUUUGCAGUUCUGCACUCCUACAAAGCAUGAACGCUGUUGACAGUGCAUAAUGAGACGUCUGGGAUGACGUACUGUCCACAGAGAUCCAGCUAGAUGAGCAUGCAGAUGUCAAUCCAGCUUCUGUUUUCGAGAAGGAACCGCACAGAUUCAGUCCGCAACAAUAGGCAGAUUGGUGCAGUCGACUGUCAGGUUCGGGUUUACUACAUUUCACUCACUUUGGAUUGUUACCUCAUGCCCUCAUGCCCUCAUUCAUAACGUUAAGGAUGGUUCGUACACCUUCAAGUUCACUUAAAAACAACGUUGAUGAUUUCAGAAAGUUAAAGUCAGAGAGGAGUGAGUAUUCUUUGACAGAGAGCAUCUCCACCUUCCUCCGCAGUUAAACAUGUCCUGAGUUUCUUGUGUUUACAAAUAUCUAGUUUUUAUAAACAAAAUGUUUACUUUUUGGUAAAAUGCUGUGAAUGGAAAGUGAGUGAAAUCAGCGAUUUUGUGUUUAAGACAUUUGAGAAUAUCUUCUUUUGGAGAGAAUAGUGGAGGUGGCCAUGACAAUGUGUUUGUGUGUCUUCUGUCUUUUGUUGUUUUCAGUAUUCUUAUUUAUUUUUGGAUUGUUGAAAUACUUUUAUUUUUGAUACUGUAAUAUUUUUGAGGACAUACCUCUUUACGUAUAAAAUGACGUACUGUAUAUAAAAGCCAUUUAUACUGUCCAAAUGUGUCUGGAUUUAGACGUGUGGAAUUAAACGGCCAUAACGUGUGAACACA